AUCAUUAGCUGGUUGAAAUGAAAUGAUUGUUCCAAGGUGAAUAUAAUUGGUGCCAAAAAUGUGACAAACUUUAGCAUAUAAAAACAUUGACUGAACAACUGAAAUUGAUAUUUGAUUCAAAUGACCAAAACUACCUCGAACCAGAAAAAAAUGCAUAUAUCAAUAGUGACAUUAAUCUUGACCAUUUUUCUCACCAUUCAACAAUUUCAUUCAGUACAUUUGUCUAUUUUAUUACCGUUGCUGAAACCAUUGCUUUAUGGCAGAUCAUGUGCACCUUAUCCUCAUAGAGGAAUCAUUAGAGGUGGCGGUGGUGGUUUUGCUGGUGGCCUGGCCGCUGGAUAUCGACAAAAUCAAUUUAAUACGAACAAUUUCAGAAGACGAAAAUUAUUCCAUCAUGAAAUUGAUUUGGACCAACAUCAUGGAUCAGCGAUGAAUAAAUUCGGUGCGGGAGGAUUUGGUGGUGUUGGUGUUGGAGGUUUGGGAGGAGGCGUUCAUGAUGGAUAUGACCGUGGUGGUGAAUUUGGUGGAUCGAUGUAUGAUCAAGAUUACAAUGAUUAUUAUGAUUAAAGAAGAUUUGUAUGAGAAAUUUUUAUUGUGAAUCAUU